AUGAAUACAGGUUGGUAUGGUAAACGGAUUCGCAACUGGGUGGGCUCUACGAUCGGAACAAAUAGCGACACAGCGUGUUAUCGACUCACCGAACCUUUCAAUAGCCGUAAAACAUGUCCAGCAGGCUAUACCAAGAACGGAAAUACCAGUCUGGCUCAAUGUCCAUUGGCAUAUCCAGUCAAGUGUUUUCUGGAAUGUAUUCCUCAGAAUGACGACUGUACACUGGAGAUCACGCAGAAAACUGUGGCUGUUGUAGCCUCAAUAGUUAAUGUGGUGACGGCUGGUAUAUUCGGUGCGGUUUUUACGGGUUACAAGAAAGCGAAGGAGAAUUUUCUCUGUGCUGCUAAUAUAGUGGGGGUUAUCAGAUCCUUGAUCUAUUACAUCCGAUUCCAGAAGACGACAGCACCUCAAGGAGCAGUCGAAGAGAUGCUCGCAGUGGCGUAUCAUACUUGUGGAUUUACCCGUGGCAGUUUGCCACUGCCUGGGUUUCCCGUCCCGACGAACUUACAAUUCAGUGGUGUGGUUAUGAUGAUCGUGGAGGCUAUCGUGAAGCAAGCUAUUAUCAUGGCGACGAGAUUCUAUCCUCUGCACAAAAUCGUAGUUAACUCUACACACUCCAGUGUGGAUACACUGCAAGGUCUCAUGGAUACCAACUCAACCUGUGGAUACCAGCUCAAACGCCUCACAGAUCACGUCAUUCUUUCAGUAAAUAACGUUCGUAACAACUCUCCGGACGCCACGGUAGACGACAUUCGAGUCAAAAUCAGCAAAUCUUCCCUAGUGCUGAAAGUUAUCCCCGCUGCUUCGAACAACUGCAUGAACGAGUUGCUUUCCUACAAGACACAAAAAGCUGUCUUUAAGACUCGCGAUUUAUUACGCAAGACGUUUGGAGUGAUCGUGGAUCAGUUGAUCGAGACAGCCACCACAGAUUUAGGAAAAUCUGUCGCGGAACAGCAGAAUAUGCUUGAGGUUACGAAUAUGGGGCUAACGAUGCUAGCCGGUCUAGAUCCGACACGAAUCGUCUGGUUAGCGUCCCAGUUCGUCCAGCCGACUUGUGCACCUACAGCGUUUAUCGGUGAAAUCGACGAUGGCUCGCUGUAUGACGCAUUGGGCCUAACAACGACCGAUGAAGCGUUUGUCGGGAGCUACGGCACGUGGAAGAAGAAAGGAGACGGCAUUGUGAAUUUUGUGUUCACGAGCAGUGAUACGAAGGAUGUGACGGUGGUGAUUCACUCUGGUGGAGAAAAUGUAGCGGAAGUUGAUGUAAAUGCUGGUGCGACACGACUUGGAAUUCGACCGUCGCUAAACUGCAGGACAAGGUGCUGUACCUGGAUCGAUGGAGACCAAAUUUGCUUGGGAUAUCUGGUUCGGGUGGAGGAUCGUUGAAACUGUGGGUUCCAGGGCCUUCGAAAGGAGGUCAUCUAACAAUGCAUGUCCUGGUAAAUGGAAGUUAGUGAAGUGACUUGUCGUAAAUUCUAUGGUAAUAAAACGCUGAGUGUUUUUUUUUUAAAGAAUAAACAA